AUGGCUGACGAUAGAGGAUAUGUCAUCAUUGCCUUGGUCGGGACGCUACUUCCCUUUGUGGCGGGAAUUGUAGCAUUGCGGUUCUACACCCGAUCAUCUCUCGUCAAAUCGAUCGGGCCUGACGAUUGGAGCAUACUGGUCGCUCUGCUUUUCACGGUCGCAACAGGCGUAGACCAGGCUGUUAUGACGAGAGUGGGGCUGGGACAGCACGCCUCGACCAUCUCACCUGCUUCUUUGGAGAAAUACACCUUUACCUUCUAUCUCUCCAUCGUGUUCUACUAUUGCAGCCUAGGAUCCAUCAAGCUUGCCCUGCUCUUGCAGUAUAAGUCGCUGGUCUCCGUGAGAUCGAAGACGCUGAUACUGGUGGUGACGAUAUUGAUCUCGGCAUGGAGCUUGUCACUCAUAAUAGUGUCUGUUUUCAACUGCUCUCCAGUGUCGGGCUUUUGGAGACAUGACAUCCCAUCCACUUGCAUCCCCACUCUGCCACUGUGGUAUGUCAAUGCGGCGGGAAAUAUCCUCACGGACCUCAUAAUAUUCUCCCUGCCCAUCCCAUUCGUGUGGAAAUUGGACAUGCCGUGUUCGCAACGCUUGUCGCUACUGGGCGUGUUCUGCCUCGGCUUUUUUACAUGUGUCAUAUCCGUGGUCCGCAUCGAGUUCUUGAAUCUUGGGAACGACCCUACAUACAAUAAUAUAGCGCCCGCAGGAUGGUCAUUCGGAGAGCUUUGCGCUGGUGUGGUGACGGCUUGUCUACCCACCUUGCGGCCUCUUCUGUUGCGGGUGGUUAUACCGAAGCUGGCAUCAACGACGGCUUUACUGAGUCGUAAGACACCUCUGCGCAGCAGAAGCUCAUCACAGUCAGCGUCAGGAGCCUGUGUGGAUGACAGUGGGGUCGCACUGGCGGAAGAUGCGUGUGAGAUGGCAACGACUGGAAAGGAUGAGGAGGAAGGAUGCAGUACCCCUGUAACUCAGAAACAGGAGUUCCGAAACGCGAUGUAG